CUCCUCAGCUUCAGUGCUCACGCGCUCCUCUGGAUGAUAAGGGCCGUGCCCCGGCCGCUAGUUCAUGUGGCUUGAAUGCAUGUAGCCUUUGUCCGUCCCACUGAGUUUCCCGGUGGAUGAAUAUGGAGGAGUUAGCCAGAGAGAGCAUCAGCCUGUUGGCUUCAGCAUCAGCCAAACCCCGGGUGGAUCUGGCCGGGUCCCGGCUUGGCUCUCUGGGGGCCAUCUUCAUCAUGCUCAAGUCUGCCCUGGGCGCUGGGUUACUAAAUUUCCCAUGGGCUUUUGAGAGAGCCGGUGGCAUCCACAACGCAAUCACUGUGGAGCUGGGCUCUGUGGUGUUCCUGGUCAGUGGUUUGAUCAUCCUGGGCUACUCGUCGUCCAUCAGUGGCCAAUGCACCUACCAGGCAGUGGUAAAGGAGGUGUGUGGCCCAGCCAUCGGUCAGCUGUGUGAAAUCUGCUUCGUUUUCAACCUUUUUAUGAUCUCCGUGGCCUUCCUUGUUAUUGUGGAUGAUCAGCUGGAAAAAUUGUGCGGCUCUUUGUAUGAACUAGUAACUGGUUUGCCUUACUCAGAGAUGCCCUAUCACUUCUACACGGACCAACGAUUUGUCCUGGUGCUUCUGUGUGCCUUCCUCAUUCUACCUAUUUCCACCCCCAAAGAGAUCAGCAUUCAAAAAUAUAUCAGUGUGUUGGGCACUCUAGCUGCAACCUACUUGACGAUAGCCAUCAUCAUCAAGUACCAUUCUGUUCAGGUUCACAUAAUUCCACUCUACAGCAGUGGCUCCUGGGCAUCCACAUUCAGAGUCAUCCCAACCAUUUGUUUUGGUUUCCAAUGUCACGAGGCAUCCAUUGCCAUUUACAGCAGCAUGGAGGACCAACGUCUAUCUCACUGGGCUUUCAUCUCUGUGAUUACCAUGAUUAUCUGCCUCGUCAUUUACUCUCUCACAGGGGUUUAUGGGUACCUGACAUUUGGGAAGGAUGUGAAGGCCGACAUUUUGAUGUCAUACAUGGGAAAUGACAUUCUGAUGCUCAUUGCCAGGCUCCUCUUUGGAGUCUCUAUUAUCACCAUCUACCCAAUCAUCCUGCUGUUGGGCAGAUCAGUGAUCCAGGAUCCUUUGCUGAGUUGGUGGCGGAGGCGUGGCCGCACAGUCACGGUCAAGUUUGAAAGUCGCAGUCGAUACACGCUGACGUUCCUGUGGAUAACUGCAACAAUACUCAUCGCUGUGUUGGUACCAGACAUCAGCAAAGUCAUCAGUGUCAUUGGUGGGAUCAGUGCAUUUUUCAUCUUUAUAUUCCCAGGACUUUGUCUGAUGUUUGCCAUGCAGUCUGAGCCGGUGUCUUGUAAAACCAGAAUUGUUCUCACACUUUGGGGAGUGGUCACACUGCUAUGUGGUGCCUUCAUCUUUGGCCAGAGUACCACCAUUGCUGUCAUGCAGCUUCUUGGGAAGAUAUGACACUUCGAUUUUGCCUUGACGUCCCACAACACUCAAGUUCUUCCCUCGACAGGACUUCAGAGUGUCCUGGAAAGAUAGUUGCUAAUCAGUCUUGAUGACAACAAACUAGACUCUGUAAAGUUCUGAAACCUCUCUUGGUCUUCUCCAUUGUUAUAUUUGACUUGGGUUAUGGUAAUUUCUGCACUAUAAGAUGAUUUGAGUUGAAAGGCUCACAUGUGGGGGCUAUUUUUGUACUUAAUCCACAUUACAUAUAAGUCGAAUGCAUGCUGUAACAUGCCGUAUACAAAAAAAGGUAACGGGAGCAAGGCAGUGAGUGCGGUUGUACUUUAUUCUACUACUAUUUAACCAUGUCACAUGUCAUACUCACAUUAUUGUUAAUCGAUAUUGAUGCACAAAUCCAUCAAAGUCCUCAUCUUCUGUAUCACAAAUAAAACAGUUGGGCCAGUUUGUCAUUAA